AUUUUCUUGUGGGACCAGCAUCAGUGGGAACCCUGGCAUCUUGGACGUGCUCGUGUGCAGUGCAACGUGUCGCUGCUGGCUGGGUCCUCUUCCCUUUGCAAGCUCACCUGUGGGACGCAGAAGCCUGGGAGACUUUGGGACUCACUUCCUUGGGAGAUGACGUGGCAGGAGAAGGCACUCCCCUCCAUGCGGCUCCGAGGGCCGCGUGAUCCUUGCAGACAUGCGCCCUGUCCCUCCCGCCACCCGCUGCCCAGGAGAGAUGUCCGUCCGGCGUCCAUGCUGCAUCACAGGCCGUGACCCCUGCGGACACCACGCUCGGUGCCUGGAAUGCAGUGGACGUUGGUUGAAUAUUUGCUGGCUGACGUGGGGUGGUGGGUGUGGAGUUCGGUAUCAGGGUCGCCGUGCCUCUGUCCCUCUCCCUGUGGACCAGGUCACCGCAGCCCGAGGCUGCCACUUCUCAGGGAGAUGCGCUUCCACCUGCAUUAUUUCCUCCCGUAACUGCCACAGUCUGCGUGCGUCUCUCUGCUUUGGGAACCGAGCGAUGGUUUCUGGCCAGGAGGGUGAACUCUGCCGUGGGCUGUGUGGGCCCCCGAGGGAUAUAUGUUGUAUCGAAUCCUUGGAGAGGGCCGGGGGUGGGCAUGGUGGGACAGAUGACGGAGCGCAGUGUGACUCGACCAGUGCCCGCUGCCACCUGCCCAGUGCCCCCGCGUGCCGGGCCCUCUGUGUUCAGAUGUUUCACCCCUGCAGCAGCCGAGGCCACCCCUGCUGCUGUCCCUGUGCUCCCGGUGGCCUGUAGGAGGGCAGGGGUGCAGCCCCAGCAUGGACGUCCGUGUUCCUGAGUCUCCCCCGGGGUCGGUUCCCAGGAGCCCUCCACACCUCCGUUCCUUCACUUGGAACCGGCACGGGAGCCCAUGUCCUGGAGGAGAGACGGGACGAAGCCGGUGACAAGCCUGAAGCACAGCGCAGGGGGCGGCCGUGCGGGCAGGGUGGGCCAUGCCCCCAUCGGGGCCCUCACCAGCUUCCCUUGUGCCGCCCAGGCUGAGAGCCGGCAUGGUGGGCACCGCUGCUGUGUUGGCAAGGGACCCACGGCUUGCCCCGCUGCGGGCAGGUGUGGGCUGGGGCGUGGUCACCGCCGCACUCGCCUUGGUGCCAUCCUGGCCGCCUCAGAGCCCGGGCGUUGGCCGUAGGAGCCGGGCAGGUGUCCGGUGCUGUAGUCCCUGCGGACCAGGGAGCGGGCAGCAGGACGCCCCUCGGGAGCCGGGCACGGACAUCCUCACAGUGUGGCUGGUUUCAUAUUCUCAGACUUUGUUCUCUUUCGAAAGCACAUCGGGGAACCAAGUGCAAAGAAGAAGAAAAAGAAUAAAGCUGGGGGUCCAAGGACUGACGUUUCCCAGCUGCGCCAUGGACCAGCCCGAGCCACCCGCCCCUGCUCCUGAAGACAACGCCGCGAAGCGCGAGUCCGCCGACGAGGACGACGAGGGGGAGCAGUUCGAUUUCGACAGCGGAGAUGAGGUUCCGGAAGCAGACCGACAGGCUGCGGACGGCCCCCCGGCCGGGAACGCGGGCGCGGACGCCCCCUCCGGCUCAGGAGGUGAGGUUGGGGUGGGGACAGACACGGACGCCCCGGCAGAACCCGCCGCCCUCCAGGCCCCGGCGAGAGUCAACCCCUACUCUGUGAUCGACAUCGCGCCCUUCCAGGACGAGCAGCCCCUGCCCCCGGACGCGGACGCGGGGGACGACGGCGGGAGCCAGCCGGUGCCCAGCGGGUACUCGGUGCCCGUGCCCUGCGGCUACGCCGUGCCCUGCAGCCUGCCGCUGCUCCUGCCCGCCUACUCCAGCCCCGUCGCCGUCCGCGCCGUGCCCCCGCACGAGGAAGAAACUCAGGAAGCAGCAGAAGACAGCCAGUUUACUUCUUUACGUUCUGAGGAUCCAGCAAGCAGCGACGACCGGGCGCACAGGGAGGACAGUGCCCUCGCCCGGUGGGUUGCGGACCCGGCCAACACCGCGUGGAUGGAGAAUUCUGAAGAAGCCAUUUAUGAUGACGUGCCAAGAGAGAAUUCGGACUCCGAACCAGAGGAGACGGUGUACGACGCCGUGGAGGACGGAGGCGAAGACGGGGGCAGCUCGGCGGAGUGCGGCUGGAGCUCCAGCGAGUUCGAAAGCUACGAGGAGCAGAGUGACGCCGAGUGCGGGAGCGGGGUCCCCAGGUCCUUCCUGCGCAGCAACCACAGAAAGCAACUCUCCCGUGACCUAGCGCGUUUGAAGGAGCACUAUGAGAGCAAGAUGAGAGCUUUGAUGGCCACCGCGGUGGGGGCCGCAGAGAUUCAGCAGCUAAAGCAGAGGCACGAACGGAAGAUGCAGAGGCUCAUGAAGGCCGCCAGGGAGGGCACGAAGGACGGGCUGCAGAAGACGAGGGCCGCGGUGAAGAGAGGCCGCUCCCUCAUCCGGACCAGGUCCUUCCUGGCUGCAGAUCACAGAUCCUGUCUUGAAGAGGAGCAGAAUUUAUUUAUCGAUGUUGACUGCAAACAUCCGGAAGCUGUCCUCACCCCCAUGCCUGAGGGUCUGUCUCAGCAGCAGGUUGUGCGAAGGUACAUCCUGGGCUCCGUGGUCGACAGCGAGAAGAACUACGUGGGUGCCCUGAAAAGGAUUCUGGAGCAAUACGAGAAGCCGCUGUCUGAGAUGGAGCCCAAGAUGCUGAGCGAGAGGAAGCUGAGGCUCGUGUUCUACCGCGUCAAGGAGCUGCUGCAGUGCCACGGCAUGUUCCAGAUCGCGCUGGCCAGCCGCGUGGCCGAGUGGGACUCCGUGGAAACCAUCGGGGACGUCUUCGUGGCCUCGUUUUCCAAGUCCAUGGUGCUGGACGCCUACAGCGAGUACGUCAAUAAUUUCAGCACCGCGGUGGCAAUCCUCAAGAAAACGUGUGCUACAAAGCCUGCGUUCCUCGAGUUCUUAAAGCAGUGCCAGGAGUCCAGCCCCGACCGCGUCACGCUCUACAGCCUGAUGGCGAAGCCCGUACAGAGGUUCCCGCAGUUUAUUCUGCUGCUGCAGGACAUGCUGAAGAACACGUCCCGAGGCCACCCGGACCGGUUGCCCCUUCAGAUGGCGCUGACCGAGCUGGAAACCCUAGCGGAGAAGCUGAACGAGAGGAAGAGAGACGCCGACCAGCGCUGUGAGAUCAAGCAGGUCGCCCAGGCCGUCAACGAGAGAUACCUGAACAAGCUUCUCAGCAGCGGGAAUCGGUACCUCGUGCGGUCGGAUGACAUGAUCGAAACCGUGUACAACGACCGGGGAGAGAUCGUCAAAACCAAGGAGCGCCGUGUCUUCCUGCUGAGCGAUGUGUUGAUGUGUGCCACGGUCAGUGCACGCACCGCGGACAGCAGCGCCCUGGCGUCCCCCGGCCGGAAGUACUUGUUGAAGUGGAGCGUCCCUCUCGGACGCGUGGAGGUGGUAGAGUAUGGCAGCAGCGACGGGGCUGGAGAAAACAGGUGCCCCCCCGUGCACCCCCCAGAGAGCCUGGUGGUGGUCGCCAACGCCAAGCCGAACCAGGUGUACGUGGGGCCCGGCCAGCUCUAUCAAGACUUACAGAAUCUGCUGCAUGACCUGAACGUGGUCGGGCAGAUCUCGCAGCUCGUCGGGAGCCUCCGAGGGAACUACCAGAACCUGAACCAGUCCGUGGCGCACGACUGGACGUCGGGGUUACAGAGGCUCAUUCUGAAGAAGGAGGAGGCGAUCCGGGCCGCAGACUGCUGCCGCAUCCAGCUGCAGCUCCCCGGGAAGCAGGACAAGUCGGGGCGGCCCACAUUCUUCACGGCCGUGUUCAACACCUUCACGCCCGCCAUCAAAGAGUCUUGGCUCAACAGCCUGCAGAUGGCCAAGCUCGCCCUGGAGGAGGAGAACCACAUGGGCUGGUUCUGCGUGGAAGAUGACGGGAAUCAGAUCAAGAAGGAAAGACACCCUCUCCUCGUGGGACACAUGCCGGUGACGGUGGCCAAGCAGCAGGAGUUCAAGAUCGAGUGUGCGGCGUACAACCCAGAACCCUGCGCGAACAGCGAGGCUCAGCUCGACCCCCUGGCCGCGGCGCACGGCUUCCUGUGGAUCGGAAGCUGCACCAACCAAAUGGGCCAGAUCGCCAUCGUCUCGUUUCAAAACUCCACGCCCAAGGUCAUCGAGUGCUUCAACGUGGAGUCUCGAAUCCUGUGCAUGGUGUUUGUCCCCACGGAGGAGCGGCCUGCGCAGCCCUUGGCCGCGGCCCGGGGGGCGCUGGGCGUGCCCACCGUCUGCCUGGGGACUGAGGAGGGGAGCAUCUCCGUGUACAAGAGCAGCCAAGGCUCCAAGAAGGUGCGUCUGCAGCAUUUCUUCACGCCGGACAAGUCCACGGUCAUGAGCCUCGCCUGCACGCCCCAGAGCCUGUACGCCGGCCUGGUCAACGGCGCCGUGGCCGUCUACACCAAGGCAGAAGAUGGAUCCUGGAAUUCCGACCCUCAGGAAGUGAUACAGUUAGGCGUCCUGCCAGUUAGGAGCCUCGUCAUGGCAGAGGACGCGCUCUGGGCGGCUUCCGGAGGCCUGGUGUUCACGAUCCGCACCGACACGCACACAAUAGAGAACCAGCUGGAGGCCCACCAGGAGGAGGGCAUGGUGGUCUCUCACAUGGUCAUCGCUGGCGUGGGGGUCUGGAUCGCCUUCACCUCUGGGUCCACGCUUCGCCUCUUCCACACGGAGACGCUCAAGCACCUGCAGGACGUCAACAUAGCCACCCCCGUUCACCACAUGCUGCCAGGGCACCAGCGCCUGUCGGUGACCAGCCUGCUCGUCUGCCACGGCCUGCUGAUGGUCGGCACCAGCUUGGGCGUCGUGGUGGCCUUGCCCGUCCCACGUCUGCAGGGCAUCCCCAAGGUGACUGGAAGAGGCAUGGUCUCCUACCACGCGCACAACGGGCCCGUCAAGUUCCUGGUCAUGGCCGCUGCCACCGUCAGGACAGACAAGGACAAGCCCACGGACAGCCCACCGCCCGGCGCGGAGGCCCCGGAGGAAGAGCAGAAGGAGGCACCCCCCGGCGAGGGGCCCGGGCCAAGUCAGAGCGGUGCGGAUGGCAUCUGGCUGGGGGGCUCGUUGGGCUCCGGGACUCCCAGAAGCGAUUUCUCCUCGUCGUCCGGAUCCCUGACUGCCUCGCAGGGCUCCGGCUCCCUGGAGCCCCGAUCGGAGGAGAGUGUGGUCUACGACCUCCUGCGUCUCCCCAGCGUCCUGCCGAGCCGGGGGCGGCGGGCCAGGAGGGCGAAAGCCAGCUCAGUGCUCGUGGCAUGCGGGGGCCAGGGCCACCGGCGGGUGAGCAGGAAGGCCCGGCAGCAGCGCCCGGAGGAGCUGGCCUCCUCCGUCAUGGUCUGGCAGAUCCCCCUGCUGAGCGCCUGAGCCCGGGGCCCGCCAAGGGGGCGGCGUUCUGCCGGGUCGGUGACCCUGGCUGUAGACUGCAUCUGUGCCGGUUGAGGAGGAAGUCGGUGUUCGGGGGAGAAGCGUGCAGUAUCACGGUGGUGGUGUUUUCCUGCGAGCUGGCGCCCGCCCUCCAGGAGCAGAAGCAGGUGCGGAUGAUGAGAGGAACCGCAGGGCCCGUGGGGGCCGUCGGGAGCCGCUGGAGAGCGCCCCACUCCUGACCGCCGCAGACGCGCGGGGGCUCCCAGCCCUCCCCUGUGCCGUCACCCCGAGGAUUUAAUCUGUGGACUGAGAACCUCGGCAAAACACACCCAGUUAGUAGUGUGGACACUUAGUAACAGUUCUCGGAAUAAUGACUGCUUGGUUCGGAGUCCCGGCUUCUAUUUACACUGUCUGUAAAUUCCCGCCCGGACUCGGCAACCAUGAAGAAAGCCUGAACACACCCCGGUCUGCGGCGCUGGUUUGCUUUCUGAGGUGAGCUGGGUUUUCCCAAGUGGUGUCCUGUGUGUAUUGUAUAUUUUAACAAAGUAGUAUUUUUAUAUUGCAUUUUUGUCAAUUAAAAAUUAACAGUCAACGUUUUAGUCGAUAUGAGAUCUGUAACAUUUCACGAAUGAUGUUUGCUUUGAACCAAAACACUCAGUACCUUCCCAACGUGUACACUCGAGCGUCAACGCCAAACUCCGCCUCCCUCCUCGUGUCCGAUGGCACGGAUGCUGCGGUGGCAUGUGUCUCCCUGUCGCAGGAAACGCAUGGAAGCGGCGCCGGUCGGCUCUGCCCCGGUGCGGGUCAGUGUGGCCGUGGGGCGCGGGCCGAGGUGGGCAGCCUUGCCAUCCAGGCCCCAUCACUUGGCGCAUGUCCGGGUGCGCGGCCGAGCGCUGAGACCCAUGACGCGCCGUGGGGGCUCGCGUAUCCGCGUCGUACUUAGUGCUUUAAAACCAUUAAUGCAGGCGUCACUGGAGAUAAAUUUCUCAGCACUUUACAGAUGACUAAAAAUGCUAAUUUUAUGACUUAGCCAAAUAUUUUCCAAGGUGCGUAUAUACCCCCCUCCCCGAGAGUAAUAUCUCCCUAAGCUUUCUUAAUUCGUUAGCUGCUACCUUAAGUCAUCAAUAAAAUCUUUUUAUGUAAACAUACACUUUUCGA